UUUUUUUUUUUCUUUCGUCCCGGCUUUUCCCAUUUCUCUAUUUGAAAAAAAAAAAAGGGUCAUUUAUAUAACAUUAUUUUGUUACAAUGCGCCAUCGAAAGGGUAAAAAAUCAUCUUUACACGAAGAUGAAUCAACGUCGUCAGCCACACCUGAGGUCAAUUUGGAAAAACAUCAACGAAGACGAUCAAGUACAAAGCCUCCUCGACUUCCAGCUUCUGAAAGAAACUCUACAAUGCAACCAGAAGAUAUUCUUGGUGAUUGUUCCAUCUUCCAACCUGCUCGACCUCCUUUUUGGAAAAGAAAACGGUUUCAUUUCAUUGUUGGUGUGACAGUAGGACUCUUGGCAACAUAUGGUGCUUCCACUACUCCCACAGCAAAUGAUUUCCAGUCUUAUCUCUCUAUGCAAUUGGCAGAAAUGGACUUUCCUUCACUCAUGCUUCCUACUGGUGUACUUGUUGAUGAUCUUCUUGGUAACUUUACAAGUUUUUUCAAUCCUGCCAACACGCCUACCAUCACUGAAGAAACAUUUAUGCCUGCUUGGGGUGCAAAGGAUACUAUGGAUUUGAAACCUCAUUUUCCUGUAGUCAUUGUUCCAGGUGUGAUCUCAUCAGGCUUAGAAUCUUGGUCUACCGAUGAAAAAGCAAGAAAAUACUUUCGAAAAAGAAUGUGGGGGACAGCUACCAUGUUUCGCGCCGUGAUCUUGGACAAGGAAAGUUGGAUACAUCAUGUACGACUUGAUCCUGUGACAGGUUUGGAUCCUCCUGGAGCCAAAAUUCGGGCAGCACAAGGAUUAGAUGCUGCUGAUUACUUUGUGACAGGAUAUUGGAUUUGGGGUAAAAUCAUUGAAAAUUUGGCAGCCAUUGGAUAUGAUAGUAACAAUAUGAUGUUGGCAAGUUAUGAUUGGCGUUUGGCUUUUUCUAAUUUGGAGGUUCGUGACAAAUACUUUACAAAGCUGAAAGCUCAUUUGGAAACUUCAAAACUGGUUCAUGGCAAGAAAACCGUCUUUUUGGCACAUUCAAUGGGAUCCAAUGUUUUGUAUUACUUUUUCAAGUGGGUUGAAUCUCCUGAAGGUGGUAAUGGUGGUGAUCAAUGGGUUAAUGAUUAUGUCGAAUCUUUUGUUAAUAUUGGAGGACCCAUGCUUGGGGUACCUAAAGCUAUGACAGCUUUGUUAUCCGGUGAAACUCGUGAUACUAUAUCUUUAGGAAGUUUCGGUGCUUAUCUCUUGGAAAAAUUCUUCUCUCGAAAUGAACGUGCAUCUUUACUAAGAACUUGGGCUGGUGGGUCAUCCAUGCUACCAAAGGGAGGAAAUCACUUUUGGGGAAAUUACGAUGCUGCACCUGAUGAUAGCAAAAUUUCAACAACGAAACAAAAGGACGAUAUGGACAAAGAAAUAUUAAGCAAUGAAAGUCACUAUAUUCAUACACACGGAAAGUUAUUGACGUUUUUAAAGAAACGAUCCCUGGAAGGUAUUGAAGACAACAACAUCACAUUGAACUUGGAUGAGGAAAACAAUGACAACAAUAACAACACAUCGAUGAAAGAUAAAUAUCAUUACUAUUCGAUGAAUGAAGCCUUGGAAUUAUUGUUUGCAACGGCAUCCAAGGACUAUUCUAUUAUGGUCAAGAAUAACUACUCGAAUGGAUUUACUUUUUCAAAACAACAACUACAAAAAAAUGCUUAUAACCAUACAAAGUGGGCCAAUCCCUUGGAAACUCAGCUACCUAAUGCACCAAAUAUGAAGAUAUACUGCUUAUAUGGAGUUGGCUUACCAACUGAACGAAGUUAUCAUUAUGCUUACGUCAAUCAUGAUCAAAGUUCCUCUUCUGUUUCCAAUACAAGUUGUGAAAAUUCUGGUUUGGAAAGUCAAGAUGAUGUUUCUCUAUGUUUGACUUCUCCUGGAUCGUCACCUUACUCAUCUAAUGGACAAGCUAAAGAUGAAGAAGGUGGUAUCAAACCACCACGUCUGAUGUAUAUUGACAACUCUGAAAAUGAUGGUGUUCGUUUUAGUGAUGGUGAUGGUACCGUACCAUUACUAUCUCUAGGCUUCAUGUGCUCUCCUUCCAAUGGUGCUUGGACGAAAUAUCGUGAUCUAUAUAAUCCUGGGCAUAGUCCUGUCAAACUCAAGGAAUACAUGCAUGAAGAAUCUGAUGGUAUUGUCAAUGUUCGGGGCGGAAACAAGGCUGGUGAUCAUGUAGAUAUACUUGGCAACUGGGAAAUGACGUUGGAUUUAUUAAGAAUAGUAUCAAAUGCUGGUGAGAAUGUCACUGAACAAAUAUAUUCCAACAUUGAAGAAAUAUCAAAUCGGAUACCUAUAGUACCACAACCCUAGGUUUUUUUUUUUUUUUUAGUGUAGUAUAGUUAAUUAGUUAGUCCAUUAGUUAGUUAGAAAAAAAC